AUGGCUUCGAGGGGCAGGAUGGAGGACGGUUCCUUGGAUCUCACCCAGAGUAUUGAAGAUGACCCCCUUCUGGACACCCAGCAUCUCCCACAUCAUUCAUUACAUGCUCAGUUUAGACCCAGAUUCCAUGCUCUUCCUACAGUCAUCAUAGCAAAUCUUCUCUUAUUAAUACAUGUUGUAUUUGUCAUUUUAGCAUUUUUAACAGGUGUACUUUGCUCUUACCCUAAUCCAAUUGAGGACAAGUGCCCAGGAAACUAUACCAACCCAUUGAAAGUUCAGACAGUCAUAAUCCUUGGAAAAGUUAUUUUGUGGAUUCUGCAUUUUCUUCUUGAACGCUACAUCCAGUACCACCACAACAAAGUCCGAAACCGAGGCUAUAACACGAUCUACCUGUCCACAAGGCAUCUUAAAGGACUUGCACUGAUGAUACACUCAACCGGCAGCACGGCUCUCCUCCUCGUGCUGUGCGUGCAGCACUCCUUCCCAGAGCCCAGCAGGUUGUAUCUUGACCUCAUCCUGGCCAUCCUGGCCCUGGAACUCGUCUGUUCCCUGACGUGUCUGCUCGUUUACACAGUGAAAAUUCGAAAAUUUAAUAAAGCCAAACCACAGCCUGAUGUACUUGAAGAAGAAAAAAUCUAUGCUUACCCCAGCAAUAUUACCUCGGAGACUGGAUUCAGGACUGUUUCAAGCCUAGAAGACAUCGUUGAAAAGCAAGGAGACGUAAUCGCCUACCUGAAGCGACACAAUGCCCUGCUGAGUAAGCGCUUGUUGACUUUCACUUCCUCUGACCUCGACUCUCCGCCUAGUCGCACGUGA